GUAUUUAAGUCACGUCUCUACAUGCACCUUCUAAAAUCUUUAAAACAAUCUAAUCAUGAUAUUAGAAUACUUUGGUUUGCUGUAUUUAUCCGUAUGGCCAGUUAUGGGUUAACCAACCAAGUUUUGACAUUAUAUCUUGAAGAAUUGGGCAUUUCUCAACUGAACAUUGGAUUAUUUAUGACAUUGACAUUAAUUGGUGAUACCAUUAUAUCUUAUUAUCUUACUUGGUAUGCUGAUAGAAUAGGUAGAAGAAUGGUAAUGAUUAUUGGAACUUUAAUGAUGGUAGUUUCUGGAUUAACUUUUACCUUUAGUUCACAUUUUAUUAUAUUAUUAAUCGCAGCCACUAUUGGAGUCAUCUCACCUUCAGGUGAUGAGACUGGACCUUUUAAAUCAGUUGAAGAGGCAUCAAUAGCACAUUUGACUCCUCAUAAUCAUCGUCCUGAAAUAUUUGCAUUUUAUGGUUUAUUUGCUACUAUAGGAGCUGCUAUAGGUUCAUUAACUUGUGGAUUAUUAGUAGAUUAUUUAAAUAUCCAAUUAAAAACUGAUCUUGAGACGUGUUAUCGAGCCGUUUUUCUUGUUUAUACAUUCAUUGGGGUAUUAAAAUUUGUUUGUAUGCUAUUCUUAAGUGAAAAAUGUGAAGUAGGAUAUCAUUCGAUAAAAGUUGUUGGUGAAACCAGCAAUUUACUUGAUGCAGAACAUCUGGAUCAGAUCUCAGAAGAAGAAAUAGACGAUGAUGAUGCUAUAGAAGGUGUAUCUAUUAAUGUUACAGGAUUAUCAGCCAAGACUUUAUAUUAUUUACCAAGAUUAUUGGUUAUAUUUAUGUUAGAUUCACUUGGAUAUGGAUUUAUGCCUUCAGCCUGGGUAAUUUAUUAUCUUAAGAAAACAUUUGAUUUAACAGCUAGUGCUUUAGGAGUACUUUUUUUCAUUACUAAUUCAAUCAAUUGUGUGACUACUUUGCCUUCAGCAUUAUUAUCUAAAUUAUUGGGUCCAGUUAAGGCAAUUUUAUUCACACAAGCUCCUUCAGCAGUAUUCUUCUUAAUAAUUGGUUUAGUAACUAAAUUUCCUAUUGUUGCUAUACUUUUAAUAUUUUAUUAUGCAACCUCAUCUAUGGAUGUUGUUCCACGUCAAGUAUUAUUAACUUCCAUUAUGCCACAAGAAGAAAUAACUAAAGUAAUGGGAAUUGUUAAUAUUGGUAAAACAUUUGCUAGAUGUAUUGGACCUGUAUUUACUGGUAAAUUAGCAGCUAAUCAAUUAUUAUACGUUGGGUUCUUUAUUAAUGGAGGAUGUACUCUUUUAGCAGAUUUGAUUUUGGGUUUAGGUUUCUUACAUUUAGAUCAUGAAAUAUUGCAGAAGCAAAGUAUUGAGGUUCAUAUAGAGUAGUUAAAGAAUAUAAUUAGUAUUUAUAUAUAUAGAUAAUAGUUGCAACUAAUGUGUAUAUAAAUAAAAUUUCGCGGUCUAAUUGCACACGUGAUCAACCCAUACAAAAUAUAUAACUAAGCAUUGAAAAGAUGAGUUAAGGGAAUAUACU